UUGACGUUUGUGACAACUGUCAAAAUUGUCAGGCCGAAGUUGUCAUUGCUGUCAACACUUCCUUUUGUUGAUUUUCUGUAAAAGAAAGAGGGUAAAAAUGGCCCCGAGGAAAGGUAAAGUUCAAAAAGAGGAAGUCCAAGUAUCCCUGGGACCCCAAGUCCGUGAGGGCGAAAUCGUUUUUGGAGUGGCGCAUAUUUUUGCCAGUUUCAAUGAUACAUUUGUGCAUGUCACAGAUUUGUCUGGAAGAGAAACCAUCUCCAGAGUUACGGGAGGCAUGAAAGUUAAAGCCGAUCGUGAUGAAGCUUCUCCUUAUGCUGCUAUGUUAGCUGCUCAGGAUGUGGCAGAAAAAUGCAAAUCUCUUGGAAUUACUGCUCUUCACAUCAAACUUAGGGCCACUGGAGGAAAUAAAACAAAAACUCCAGGACCUGGGGCCCAGAGUGCUCUUAGAGCUUUGGCCCGUUCCAACAUGAAAAUUGGUCGCAUCGAAGAUGUUACGCCCAUUCCGUCAGACUCCACCCGUAGGAAGGGAGGUCGCCGUGGUAGAAGGUUGUAAGAUGUGACUUUAUUUUUUAAGUAAUAAAUUUUUUGAUUGUA